AUGGUCAGUGGUCAAACAAAGCGCCGCGAAGGCAAGACCUCUCGCGCCCCUAAAUCUUCUCUUUUCGGUGGCGGCAAGUCGACACACGCGGAUGCCGGGCAGCCCCAGAUCAAAAAGGCAACCUUUGAGAUCACAAAAAAGAAGGAAGUGGGCGUUUCAGAUCUCACGCUGUUGAGCAAAGUUUCCAAUGAGGCCAUCAACGACAACCUCAAGAAGCGCUUUGAGCAUGGCGAGAUCUACACCUAUAUCGGCCAUGUGCUGGUCUCGGUCAACCCUUUCCGUGACUUGGGAAUCUACACAGAGCAGGUCGUCCAAAGUUACCGAGGGCGAAACCGUCUCGAGGUCCCACCCCACGUGUUUGCCGUCGCAGAGUCAGCCUACUACAACAUGAAGGCCUACAAAGACAACCAAUGUGUCAUUAUCUCGGGCGAGUCGGGCGCAGGCAAGACGGAAGCUGCCAAACGCUUGAUGCAGUACAUCGCCAGCGUCUCUGGCGGAAGCGAUUCCAGAAUUCAGAGAACCAAAGACAUGGUCCUGGCUACCAAUCCGCUCCUCGAGUCCUUCGGCAACGCCAAAACACUGCGAAAUAACAAUUCCUCUCGCUUUGGAAAAUACCUCGAGCUUGAGUUUAACGAACAGGGUGAGCCUGUGGGGGCCAAAAUCACAAACUAUCUGCUGGAAAAGAGCCGGGUGGUGGGACAGAUCACGAACGAGAGAAAUUUCCACAUUUUCUAUCAAUUCACAAAAGCCGCCCCGAAAGAGUAUAGAGAUGCCUUCGGUGUUCAGCAACCUCAGUCGUACGUAUAUACGAGCAGGUCGAAAUGUUUCGAUGUACCCGGAAUAGACGAUGCGAGCGACUUCCGGGAAACCCUCAACGCCAUGCAGAUUAUUGGUCUGUCCAAGGCUGAGCAGGACAAUAUCUUCCGUCUUCUGGCAGCCAUUUUGUGGAUUGGAAACAUCACGUUCAGGGACAAUGAUCAAGGAGGCGUCAAUAUUGCAGACGAAUCCGUGGUGGACUUUGUCGCCUACCUCCUAGAAGUCGAGUCUGCUCAUGUGCACAAGGCCAUGACGGUCAGAAUCGUCGAAACAGCCCGUGGUGGCGGACGCCGAGGGUCCAUCUACGAAUCACCCUUGAACCCAGUCCAGGCUAAUGCGGUUCGAGACGCUCUUGCCAAAGCCAUAUACUUCAAUCUGUUUGAUUGGAUUGUGGCGCGUACCAAUGUUUCACUGAGAUCCCAGGGCACAGUGAAGAACACGAUUGGCAUCCUCGACAUCUACGGAUUCGAGAUCUUUGAGAAGAACUCGUUCGAGCAGCUGUGUAUCAACUACGUCAACGAGAAGCUGCAGCAAAUCUUCAUUCAAUUGACAUUGAAAGCCGAGCAGGAAGAGUAUGCCCGUGAACAGAUCCAGUGGACUCCCAUCAAGUAUUUCGACAACAAGGUCGUCUGCUCUUUGAUCGAGGACAAGCGGCCACCCGGUGUUUUCGCUGCUCUCAACGACGCUUGCGCAACAGCUCACGCAGAUUCCGGAGCGGCCGAUCAAACCUUUGUUGGCCGACUGAAUUUCCUUUCCAGCAACCCCAACUUUGAGAGCAGACAGGGUCAAUUUAUCAUCAAGCAUUAUGCCGGUGAUGUGAGCUAUCAAGUUGUGGGAAUGACGGACAAGAACAAGGAUCAGCUGCUGAAAGAUCUGCUAAAUCUGGUCAGCGAAAGCUCAAAUGGAUUUGUCCAUGAGCUAUUCCCAAAUCAAGUCGAUCAGGAUGACAAGCGACGACCUCCAACUGCUGGGGACAAGAUUAAAAUAUCCGCGAAUGAACUGGUUGAUACCCUCAUGCAAGCCCAGCCGUCUUACAUCCGAACUAUCAAACCCAACGAGAACAAGUCGCCCAAAGAAUACAACGAGCCUAAUGUGCUCCACCAGAUCAAAUACCUGGGUCUGCAAGAAAACGUUCGCAUCCGGCGAGCUGGUUUCGCCUAUCGUCAAACGUUUGAUAAAUUUGUGGAAAGAUUCGCCUUACUGUCGCCUAAACUGUCAUACGCCGGAGAAUACACCUAUAGAGGAGAUGUUAGGACUGCGUCGGAAAUUAUCUUCAAAGAUACAAGCAUUCCAAAAGAGGAAUAUCAGAUGGGUGUAACCAAAGCAUUCAUCAAGACUCCCGAGACAUUGUUCGGACUAGAGCAUAUGAGAGACCGCUAUUGGCACAACAUGGCAGUCCGCAUUCAAAGAGCUUGGAGAAACUAUCUGCGCUACCGGGCUGAAGCUGCCACCAGGAUUCAAAGGUUCUGGCGCAAAUCCAAGGUUGGCGUUAAAGAGGUUGAAUUCCGAGAUCAAGGACACAAACUCCUGGCUGGUCGGAAGGAACGUCGCAGAUACAGCCUGCUUGGUUCAAGACGUUUCUUUGGCGAUUACCUCGGUCUCAAUAUGCCGGGGGGUCAGGGCCGUGUGCUGAGGGAUGCAAUCCAUCUCAAUCCUCAGGAGCGCUGUGUGUUCUCGGCGCGUUGCGAGCUGUUAGUCACAAAAUUCGGACGAUCCUCGCAGCGGAUGCCCAGGAUUCUUGUCCUGACCCCCAAAUCGGUUUACAUCAUUGUGCAGGCCGUUGUGAACCACCAACUUCAAAUCUCUGCUGAGCGGACAAUCCCUAUCGGCGCGGUGAAAUACAUCUCGUGCUCGAACCUGCGGGAUGACUGGUUUGCACUGGGCAUCGGGUCUGCUCAGGAGCCAGAUCCUCUCCUCAACUGCGUUUUCAAGACUGAAUUCUUCCUGCAAUUCAAAACGGUCGCGGUCGGCGGAAUGAACCUCAAAAUUGGAGCCCAGAUUGAGUACAACAAGAAACCAGGCAAACCUGUUGUGGUCAAAGUCCAAAAAGAUCCAGCAAUCGCUCGGGACGACGUGUACAAGUCAGGAACGAUCCACGUUCCGCAAGGAGAAUCUCCAAACUCAGUUUCGAGACCGACUCCGCGAGCCAAAGCAAUUGCCAGGCCUAUCACCACUGGUAAGUUGCUCAGACCGGGGGGACCAGGAGGGCAGCCAGCGAAGACGGGCGCUAGACGACCUGUACCCGCAGCCAGACCAGCAGCGCAAACUCAUCGUCCCGUUCCAACGCCAGCUGCUGCUCAUGCCCUUCCUCAGCAUGCCAACGGUCCUUUCUCGCACGCUCGAAACGAUUCGGGAUCAUCAUGGGGCCGGACCGCCCCUCCACCGCCCCCGCCCCCUCCCCCGGCUGCAGCUCCCGCCCCAGUGCCAUCCACACCUCAAGCUAAAGUUAAGUACGACUUCAACUCACCCAAUGCGAAUGAACUGUCCAUCAGGGCAGGAGAGAUUGUGGAAAUUGUGCAGAAAGAGAACAACGGCUGGUGGCUCUGCAAGAACCCUCAAACCAACACGCAAGGUUGGACACCGUCGGCCUAUGUAGAGGAGAUUGAGCAGGCGCGCCCCGCACCUCCGCCGCCUCCGCCGCCCCCAGCUGCACACCAUCGCCCGGUCCCUACGCCAUCAGUUGUGGUCAACGGAGGCCCGAAGCCUGGGACGCCGCCGGUUGGUGGCAGAGCGAAACCGACACCUCCCGCACCACCGGCCAAGCGACCAGUUCCCGGAGCCAGAAAACCUGACGCCUCCCCAGCCAGGGAUAGUGCAGUGGGUUUGGGUACGAACAGCGGGACCAAUUCAGGGCGGGCCACACCGAGUAGCAUGGGAGGCGGUAGUCUAGCUGGUGGAUUGGCUGAGGCAUUGAGGGCCAGGCAAAGUGCGAUGAGCGGGAGAGACAAGGACCGCAACGAAGACGACGACUGGUAG